AUGCUUCUGCGUGCUGUUGCCCUCGCUAUCCACUUGGCAGGGCUAGCCUAUGCCGAGUGUGGCAAGUCUAUAUUCUCCGACGAUGGAAAGAUUCAAUAUCUAGACGGCUGUGCCGACAGCUCUUAUGCUGCCAACGUUACCGUUCAGCCCGGAGUGACGCGGCUGGAUAUAAGCAAUAUUACUGCUGUUGCAAACCUCGACUGCCGGGACAAUACGGAACUCACCUCCAUAUCAGCAUCCGAACUCCAGUCAGUCUAUGGAAAUGUGACUUUUUCCAACGUCUCUUCAUUGUCGUACAUUGACCUGCCCAAACUCUAUACGGCAGGUAAUGUGGUGCUUGAAAAUGUCAAGAGCAUCAACAUACCCGAGCUGUACGCUGUCGACAGCAUGCGGAUAGCAAACACUAGUGUACAAUACCUUACGCUCAUUUUAAAAGAUAUUCAAACCGGGACCGUGGAGAUCUCAGACAAUGAUCAACUGGCGCAGCUCAACUUCCCUAGUCUUACCAGUGUCAUUGGCGGAUUGGUGCUGGACAACAAUGCGAUUCUGCACGAUUUGUCGUCGAGCUUUCCGGACCUUGCCACAAUCAACGGAAAUGUGGAAAUUGUUGGCAACAUUACGGGCCUGACUCUGCCUGCGCUGGCCGAGGUCAGAGGAACAUUAAUAGUUAAUGGGUCUGAAGCGCUGCAGUCGGACUGCAAUACGCUGGACGCGGCCAUGAGCGAUGGGGCGCAACUAUCGGGUCAAUAUGAAUGCGUUGCCAGUGACGCUUGGGCAGAUUCCGACGCCACCGGGAGCGGAGAUGCAACAGAAACGGGCUCAUCGAUGACAUCCGGCACAGCGACAUCGGCGGCAGCAGCUUCGGGAGGGUCGUCGGGCGGACUAUCUUUUGCCGCCAGCGUCGGCAUCUUGUUCGGCGUCUUGGCCGUCGGGAUCGCCGGAUUAAUUGUCGCAUUGAUCCUACUGAGGCGCAAGAAGCAGGAAAAGAAGAAACAGGAGCGAGAGACCUCCAGGAGCCUCCAGGACGAAAAGCCCAUCCUCGACACGCCGGAUCCAUGGGCCAAGGCGGAGAUGUCGGGCGAAAGUGCCUUUAGCGAAUUGUCCGCAGAACCCGCCGCACCGCCGGAGCUGCAUGGAGACGAGACUUUCAAGGGAGACAAGAGCCCCAUUUACGAAAUGGACGGCAGUAUAUAUGAGAUGGAAGGGAGCGUCUAUGAGAUUCCUGGUAUCUUUGAAAUGCCAGCCGAAGAGGUUGCUCGGGGACCAAUCUAA